AUGUUCGGGAAAAUCAGGCCUUUUAAAAUCAGGAGUCUCAACGACAACAAAAAGUACGGAGUAGCAGCGGGAGAUAUCAAGGAGUUGCUUAAAAAGGGGUGCAACUUGUUACAGUUGCCACUUUCUGGCGCCCACGUCUGUUUGUACGCAGAUGGCACAAAGGUGACUAAAGAAUUCUUUGUGACAUUGCCCGAAAACACAGAAUUGGUUCUCCUGGGCAAAUCUCAGACAUGGGGCGGAGCCAUUUGCGACGUCGCUCGUUUGCUGAGCUCGGACAGUCACGCCGAUGACCUCAUCCAAGUGGCCAAGGGCCUCCUCUCAGAUGAGAAGUCUCUCAAGAGGCAAAAAAUCCUCAGCGACCUUAUCAGGAACCUGGAGGACACUUCAGAGCUCGAGAGCAGAGAUGAGGACCAGGACUGGUUUACAGGUGUGGCGGCUCGCUUUAAGACCAAGUCUGCCUACUUGAAGGACAACUGUGCCAGCAGGAUAAGAAGCUACAAGAAGGAGUUGGACGAAGCCGUCAGAUCUGAACGCAGAGCUCAAAUCCGAAUCAAGUGUUUGCAAGCGUCGGAGAAACUCACACAGAUGCUCAGGUCGGACAAAAACAUUGGCUGCUACUUCGACCGAACUCAAAAGGAGAUGCAGCGACUUUGCACUCGGGAAGGCUGGUUCACCUGCCAGGGCUCCUUCGACCAGGCAAAGUGCCUGUCGCUUCACUCCAUCAACCCGUACGGCAGCAGAGAACGGCGAAUCUUGUUCAGCACCUGGAAUCUGGAUCACAGGAUUGAAAAAAAGCGAAGCGUCAUUCCCGCCCUCCUGGAAGCGCUGCACAAUCACAAAUGUGAAGACGUCAAUUUGGAUUACUUCUACCGACUGCUGUUCACCUGGGAUAACUUGAAGCUGGUCCACAUUGUGUGCCACAAGAAGGAAGCUCACAACUUGCAAUGUGAUCCCCAGCAAAUCUUGAAAGCUGACAACAAGAAGCGCCACAGAAAGAAGAUGCGCUUGAAAUAA